AUGGAUUCGGCUCCGAGGCCACCCUCUCCGCCUACCUUUAGAUCCCGGGUUAAGCGGUAUACGGAAGACACCCGGAACGUAGCGGCAUGGCUUCGCCAGACCGCUUUGAACUGUGGAUAUGCCGCCAGCACUGCAUCAUCAAGCGUAGAAUCUUGUAACGGAAAGAAAGCCGAAUAUCUCAUCAAGACGUCUGAGUUCAUUCCCAUGGCUGAGGCCAUCGCGGCGCACAAACCCCAACCCACGAUUCCGCAAGAUGUAUUAGCCACAAUUUCCCGAGCUAUCAGACUGCGCCGCAGAGAAACCCGAUACGUCAAGUUAUUCGGCGCGAAAUGUAGGCAAAGCCAGCUCGGAGACAGCACACAUACCCAUUUCACCGAGAAGGUGCUGGGCAAGGUUCGAGACGUGCUGCGGCCAAUAGUCCAACCUACUGCACCUGAACCCCAGGCAACUACCGCAUCGUCACUCAGCGAGAAGCUUGCUUCGUUCUUCGGUUCUGAAACCGACGAAGCCGACAAUAUCAGCGAUGAGCCUUUCAACAAUCUCACACCCGUACACAUCGACUUCGAUGAUAUGGAGGUUGAAGACGAAUUCUUCUUGGCUAUUGAUGCCUUCAUGGAGGACGUUUUCGUUAUGCGUCAAUACGUUGAGUACAUUUGGACUAUGUACAAGGAAUCCGUGAUGGAGAACAACGUCUGCUCGCUGUUGACGAAUACAGCAAUAGAUGUCGUUCGUCUAGCUGAGAAUGAAUUUGCUAAGCUGAUCAAGCGACCCAAACGCUUUCCGGCAGACAAAUUUCCUGUCUGGACGCUUCCAGCAUUAUUGUUCUAUAAGCGGACCCCUACGCUGGAAGAUAGAUUUACGUACGAGGAAUUUUCGGGUCUAAUGCCAAUCAAGCUGCUUCGCAAGGACGUUGAGGACCAGAGCGAUUUCGCCUUGUUCUCGGUCUUUUCAGGGCUCAAAUGGUAUCUCUACACUACUCCCGAGCAAGGUCCCUACACGCUUGACCCCGCUCGAUUCAAGCAAUCAGAGAUGAACUGGCACCCGCACCUGCCACGGGUCGUCGAGAUGUGCCAAAUGAUGCAGUGGCAAGCCGGGAUUCAGUUCUCUCCUGAGUUUGAAGGCUUUCCUGACGGCGUUGCUGAAGACGAAAUCGCCAGAGGUGUUCGGUAUAUGACUAAACACAGAGAGAUUCCGAUCUGGGUGCAGUUCGCUGCUCAGACUUAUAUCGACAUUCAAGAUGUACUGGACAGUCUUCUGGAUGCGCCAUUGAAAGAGCUGCACAAGUGGGUGGCAACAUCCAGCUUCAGAUUGGAUGAGUUUCUCUCUGACAAUGCCCGCCUCCGCACGUGGGAUCUCACAUUGCACGAGCAAUUCACCAAACUUACAGGAAGUCUUCUCAAGAGUCAACGAUCGCUAGAGCUUUGGCUUAAGCACGAUGUGUUCAAGAAGAGUCUAGCAAAAUCUUCACCCCCUCAUCUGUCCAAAUUUAAGCGUGAGGAGAACGCGCUAUUACGUCGACAUCCAUUAGGUUGCGGUGUGCUCCAGUACAAUAUGUUCGCCAAUCUGCAUAAACAUGGUCUUCAGCUUGAACAGACCUCGGACUGUAUCAGACCCAUGAUAUACCUCUACGCGGCGACUCGCCUACUGGUCAAAGAUCCCCCAGCAUGGCCCGACAUGGAAUUGCUCAUUCUUCGCCAAGAUCCCAAACGACUGUUCUUUGGCAAGGAAAGACCAGCGGACUACCAAGAGGUCUUGAAGCAUUUUGAAUGGGCAUUUGGGGAGAGGGACCAGAAUCCUUGCCCUGAACGAGUGCAACAUCUUGUGGACCCUAGCAUAUUGACAGGUAUCUUCCACGACCGGUUCAAUCACCGCGUGGAAAAUAGCGAAGAGAUUGAUACAGUAGUGUCGAAGUGGGAAGCACUGGUUAGCAGCAAAGAAGGCAUGACGCAUAUGCUUCGUCAAACGAACUUCCCUACAGCGAGGCACACUGAAGCCAUAGAAGCACUUCAGAAGCAGACUCAGAACAAUAAGCCAGAUGCGGUACUCAACCGGCUCAGUACGUGGCUAGAGGCGGAUGCUAUCGAUCUCAACUUUGACUGGCUGACCUUGCACAACAUGUGCGUAUCCUUUUGGGGUGAUCUUUACCCCAGGCUCGUCGAGUCCAGGAAAACCCUGUCCUUCAAACCAGAAACUUUCCGCAAGACGCCUCGCCCACAAAUUGGCCUCGUUAGACAAAUACUGCGCGAAGCGGUCCAAGCCUACAACACUUCUCAGAAUUUAGCACUUGAAAGCUCUGCAUAUACGUACGGGCAGGGUCUUCGGAUUGCGGCUGCUCUGUUGAAAGAGACAGUGACGGCGCCAAUGGAUAGCACGAAAUGGGGUCCCACCACGGAAGGCGAUAUCUGUAUUCGUGCCACGAUGAUACAAGCUUCUAGUUCUGCGCAAAUAUUGCACUAUCCGGGCGCCUACUACAUGAUACCCGGUCCGGCACAUUUGUCAGAGCUCUAUCGGGGCUGGGACAUGACGGUUUUGGACGACUUUCACACAGUGCAGGUUGCUGGUCUUUCUCACAUAAAGUUGGAACAUUUUCAUAAGAAGAGAAAAAAGGAGCUGAAACAGCAACUCGACGAGGACGAUGUCUUUCGAAAGCAGGCAGCAAAUGCUGAACGAAAGAACUCUGAGCAAGGCUCAUCAGCGCAGAAAUCUACGAAGAAGCCAAAGAACCUAAAGAAGAAGAAGAAGGGUAAAGGCACAGCCUUUUGA